GAACUUUUUACUUUUCCUGCUCUGUUCUCUGAGUUCUUGUGACCUUUCACCUGCCUGGGCCCAGUAUGAGCUGGCUGAGCAGGUUGAACCCGCGGGGCCCCGGGAGUCGAUCCGGGCGCAGCGCUGCCCCCUCCAGCCCCUGCACCGCUGACCCAGAGACCUGCCUCAUGGUGUUUGAGAACCACUGGAGACAGGUCUCUUGGGUGUUGGAGCAGCAUGAGACGUCAUCCUCCAGUGACGACCUGACAGCAGUGAGAAAUCACACCGACCAGAUGUUGUGUCUGCUGGCAGAGGAGCGGCCUGCUGAGAGCUUAGAUGGCGGUGCCAGCGUGCCACCGAUGGGCCCCAUACUGGAGCUGGUGGUCACCGAGAAUAUCUUGGAGGGCCUGGUUCAGUGGCACCUCCGCCGCGGCCUGGACCAGGACAGCCAGGGGGCACUGCUGAAGCUGUUUGAGAUGCUCAUCGGCCAAUCCCAGCAGCCUCUGCUGCAGCACACAGCCGUCCUCCACCCCCUGCUGAGGCUGCUGGGAGCCUGUGCUGACCCAGAACUCGGCUGUCCUUCAGCUCUGGAGAACAGCCUGGUGCUGCUGCUCAACCAGGUGUGCGUGUCCAUGGCCCGGCAGCCGGUGGUUCUAGAGAUGUUGUUCCGGGCUGCACCAGCCCAGCAGGGCUCCACCAACCUGCUCAUCUUCUCCCUCCUUGUGCCGUUCAUCCACCGGGACGGAGCGAUUGGACAACAGGCCCGGGAUGCUCUGCUGCUGGUAAUGGCAGCCUCAGCAAGUCAUGAAGCCGUGGCACGAUACAUCGCUGAGAACUCCUACUUCUGUCCGGUGUUGGCGACGGGCCUCAGCGCUCUUUACUCCUCUCUGCCCAGGAAGAUUGAAGUCAGAGGGGAUGACUGGCACGCUCUGCGGCGGGAGGACUGGAUGGGCGUGUCGUCGCUCGUGCUCUUCAUGAACUCGCUCGAGUUCUGCAACGCUGUGGUGCAGGUCGCCCAUCCCCUGGUCCGCUCUCAGCUUCUGGACUACCUCCACAAUGGCUUCCUUGUACCCGUCAUGGGUCCUGCCCUGCAUAAGUCGUCGGUGGAUGAGAUGAUCGCCAGCACCGCCUACCUGGAUCUUUUCCUGCGCAGUGUGACGGAGACUUCCCUCCUCAAAACCUUCCUGCGCUUCAUCCUGCUGCAUCGCCACGACAACGACACCAUCCUGGACACGCUGCUCACGCGCAUCAGCAGCAAUUCAAGGCUCUGCAUGGUAUCGUUGAGCCUCUUCAGGACUCUUCUGUCCCUAAACUGCGAAGACGUCAUGCUGCAGCUCAUUCUCAGGUAUCUUCUGCCCUGUACUCAUGUAAUGCUGAGUCAGCGUCGAGCUAUCAGGGAGACCGACUUGUACGGAAAGUCAGCAGACAAGUUCCUGUCGCUGAUCCCAGAGUGCUGCCGGCUGAACGCAUCCUCCGCUGAGCGGGACGAGGACGGUGCAUUCUGGGGCAAAGUGCUAAACAGUCCCAGCACUGAGUCUCCAGCACCGCCCAGACCCAGCACGCCGUCCCGCUUGGCCUUUUUCAUGCGCCAGCAGAGCAGUGGCAGUGGAUCAGGAGGCGGGGGUCCCUCAACCCCCACCAGCAUGGAGCCACUGCAGUCAGGUUCUUCCAGCUCCCACCCUCUGUCCCCUGACAGCCCCAUGCACCAGCAGCAGAUCCAUACAGAUUGUCUGGACUGGGACUCGGGUUAUCUGGAGUACCUCAAGGACGCUCGGCGGGGCAUCGAGCUUUGCUCCUGGUCCUGCCGUGAUUGGUCGGCGCCCUAUGAUGGAGAAAACCCCUCCCCAAACACAGCCCCUCCGCCUCCACCUCCUCCUACCUCCAAUCCCUCUAUGGCUUUGUUCCCUGAGCACUUCUCUUUCCAGCAGGGAGCGAAUACCAACACUCCUCCGGGCCAGCAGAGGGCGGCCAUCGUGGCGGCAGCGCGGUCUGAGUGGAGCAGCUCAGAGAGGGACAGCGGAGAGUGGGAUGUUACGAUUGGCAAAAACAACUGCAUCAGCCUCACGCCUCGCUCCAAGAAACGCAGCCUGCAGAGGGAGGAGCUCCUCCCCAAGCCUGUACCUCCUCUCGUCCCUUCUUUGUCCUCGGCCGCCCCUUUAUCAACCUCCCACCCUGUUUCAUCCCCAGCUCCUCACAUUCCCUCGACUGCCAUUACUGUUAGCUACCAGGCCAUGUAUAAUGGAACGAUGGGGCAGGGGGACGGGUGCUCAGACAGUCGUGACAGAGGACUAGAGGUAAAGAAAGUAAAGAGAGACUUGGGGGAGCAGCAAUUUUUGGAUGAAAAUGCCAAUCAAAAUGGAUCCCUUGUCACGUGCCCCUCCCAAACCUGCACUGCUCUCCCACAGUCCAUUUUCACCAACAGUGACAUCAGCGAUGCAAAAUCUCUUCGCCCUACCCAGAUUCCCUGUCAGAGCUCCAUCACCCCGCCAGCGUCUGAUACCAAACUGCUGACCAGCGACACCUCAAACCCACACGGUGCAUCCUCAGAUCUUCCAGAAGCCAACCAACAAUCUGUAGAGAGUCUUAUAGAGGAGCUGCUGACACAAGCACCAGGAGACCCACAGGUACCAGGAGACGCCAAUGGUCAGGGCAUCAGCAUCGAGGCCUUUACACAGGAGCUGAAGGAGCUGGAGGACCGAGUGAAGGAGCGCAUUAGAGCAGCCAGCCAGCUGGAGGAAACUACCAGAGAGUCUUUGUCCACCGAGAGGCAGGAAGAAGAACAACUGCUGUCCUCGGCUUUGGAAGCGAAGAUGACGGGUGACGCCAAGGGAGACGGGUCAGUGGUGGGUGUUUGCAGCCCUGCCAGACCCCUCAACCAGCCCAUCUCCCAGCCAUACACAGGUCCAUUCAUGGUGGUUCUGUUUGCCAAGCUGGAAAACAUGCUCCAGAACUCGCUGUACGUCAACAUCCUGCUCACUGGCAUCGUGGCCCAGCUGGCCUGCUAUCCUCAGCCCCUCCUACGCUCCUUCCUGCUCAACACCAACAUGGUCUUCCAGCCUAGCGUCAAGUCACUGAUCCAGGUUUUAGGUUCUGUGAAGAACCGCAUUGAGGCCUUUGCCGCCUCUCAUGAGGACUUCCCUGCCAUGCUGAAGAAAGCCCAGCAGUACCUGGUGGCCCGAGGCAAAGUGGACUGGACCGACUCACCUGCAGCAGUUCCUACCUUGCGGCGCUCUGAUUCACUUGUGAAGAGUCGUAAGCCGUCUCUCGGAGACCUGAUCCUUCGUCACACCAACAGCCCGACUCGGGCUCGACACGCCGCUCAGCUGGCCCUCGCACACGUACGGGACGGAAGCCAAUCACUGCACAGUGCUCUGUUCCGGGGCAGCGGCAGCGGCGGAGCGUCUGGCCUGGAGAAACAAGCUGAGGCUCUGCGGGUGAAGAACGCUGUCUACUGCGCCGUCAUCUUCUGUGAGUUCCUCAAAGAGCUGGCUGCUCUGGCUCAAGAGCACGCCGUCAGCUUGCCCUUCCCCCAGAGCCAGGAGGCAGAGGAAUAGACAGUAAAUGCAGACUCUUCAAGUUUAGCUCUUAGCAUCCAUUAGUUGUUUUUUUUUCGGGCUGUAAGGAGUUACAUCGGAUUCUCCUAUCACCAGAGUACAGACUGGAGCACUGAGACUUUUCUGUCACUGAAACAGAUCGUCUGCAAUGACGCAGACAAAAGCGAGAGAAAAACGGUGGCAUUUUUGUACCAAAAUUAUCAUAGGAUACCUAUAGGACUGGAAGAGUUUUCCUCGUCUGUAAACUUGUGAUAUUGUGCAUAUCAUGUAUUAUAUUUACAUUCUAUACAUAGAAAAUCAUGAGAUUUGGGAGCUUGUACAUACACAUACCAUGUCAUGGUAUAAUGUGACACAGUGAAACCACAGACAAAAGAAGUAGGUGCACAUACUGGUGCUAGUCGAUACUCGUUAUCUUUUAAUUUGAAAGGGUGCUUUCAGGUGGCACAGAGAAGGUUUAAUCUUCAACAAAAUUAAAACAAACACCAAAAAUUGUUUGGCAGUAUAGUAUUGUUGGUGAGUCAAUCAACUUCAACGUGAUCAAUCACUUUCGCCAUCUCUGUACAAUAAGCUCAUCUGUGAUUUCAUCAGAACUUUCCAUCCUCAGUCGAGAAGCUUGUAGAGAAAAGCGGAUGUUCCCAAAAACAUUGGAGCAUUGCAAGUGUCCAUUUUUUUUAAAAGGCUGCACCGCUAGUCGUCAACGAAUGAGAUGAAAAACUGGAAAAAAGAGGAGUGCGACUCGCUCCUGUGAAUCAGCGCGACUACCACAAACGUACUGGAAAACUUUGAGUAAUUAAUGCCAUUCUUUUUGAAAUGUUUUAAACGUUUGACAUUUGAAUUUGCACCAUUUUCUAGACAUAUCAGCAACAUGUGGAGGGCAGGUGUGUGUGUCAUUGUGUAUGUAAGCUUAUUUUAAUGAAUGACUCCUUUUGCAAAAGGUGAUGCCAACUCUUCAGGCCAUUAGUAAGCCAUUCACCUGUUGCCAUAAAAGACGCUGUGGGACUGACCAAGGCAGCGAUGCUUUGUAAUUCAGACCUUUUGUGAGUCACUUAGUCUUUUUGAAAAGACAUCAAAUUCUGCAAGGGUUCUUUUUUUCUAAGAAGCAUUGGCAUGAUUUCUAUUUGCUUUGAAUUUGCUGAAAAAGGAUAGUCUCCCGAGGCAUUUUAUUGACUUUUCUUUAAACACAUUUUAGUUUGUGAGCUUAAAAAACAAAGCACCAGUUUUUCAGUUUUAGUAACUUUUAGGCAAGACAGGCCGAACUGAACAUACAGCUUAGAAAUUAACAUGCUGCUAUUUUUUUAAAGAACACUAACACCCGUUUUAUUAGUGUAACAGCUGCAAUUUCUUCUUUUCAUUGUUAGGUACCGAGUAUAAAUGUGCAUGUGAGGAUGAGGAUGAGUCGAUGCCAGUUGUGAUCAGCAUUUAAUUUAUUUUAUUUUUUUGUGUCGGACGUUGAAUGAAGUCGCAGCCACACAGUGUUAAAAGCGUUUGCCAAGACGAAAUUAUUCACUGUUAACGUUUUUCCUUUCCUUGAAUUGUUCCAUGUUAGUCAUUUGUGUUGUGAGAUGGUAAUUCUUCAUUUUACAGGCCUGUAAUUUCCUGUCAUCUUUUUCAGUAGAUUAUAAGAAAAUUCUUUCAAAACGAAAAACCUGUAAAAUUAAGCGUUAUGAGGACAUUGUAAAACCAUCGACAUGCAGCGUUUUAUCCGCUAUCUUUUUGCACAUACUAGCCAUUCUCAACUCCUAGCAGUAGAGAAACUGCCUGCCAUCCUGCAAAGUCUUAUCUCUGAAAUCUACCACAUUUUCCUCAACAACCUUUUCAUCUUUCUCAACAAGUUGAAGCCUUUUCAGCUUGUCAAAGCCAUAGCCAUGCUCGUCAUGUUUGUAAAUGUGGCAUUUCGUCGUGGCUGCAAGUCACUUUUCUACAGAAUUUCUAGAUGCAUUUCGUAACAACCCAUAGUUUUUUUAAAAAAAAUACUGAUAGUUUAAAGAUUCUGCAUGCCUGUUAAGGCCAGGUUUGUAACUAAUGAAUUAGUCAAGUAGUGUUUGGUUUGUGCAAUAGUACUAAACUUAAAUUAGCUUCCAUGCAGUAGGUUUUAGUGGUUAGUGAGUCAAUCCUAUUGUCUGCAGAGAUCGGCAGCAAGAACAAGUUUCACACUGAAUGUUAGCACUCAGCUAAUUAAAUUAGUAGAGAAGUCACUUCUGUAUUUAAGCCACUGCCAUCCGUCCGUCCAUCUGUCGUCUGCUGUACAUCUGUGUGCUCAGAGCUGGUGGGCUUCACUCCUCGCCGGGUCCCACUGCGUCUGCACUUAAGAUUGUGUUCUUAAACUUAACUAUUGCUACAAACAGUUGCGAUAGAGAUCGAUGGUAGUUUGAGCGCGAUGGAUUUUCAGCUUCACAGUGCUGUCACUUAUCGUCAGUCACUAACUCAGUCAGUUAUUUGUUUUCUGAGAUAUGUUGAUGGACACCAAAGACAAUCUCUAACUCAAGAAACUCACAAUGUCUGUUUAAACAAUCAUAGACAAAUUAAUCCGGAAUAAAUCUUGUCCAUGCAACACUUACUUACUUAGACAAAAGUGUUGCCGAAUGACCCUGUUGAAAAUGUGCCAGUUUUGUUUUUUAGGCUCAGCCGAGAUUUAAAAAACAAAACAAAACAAAAAGGGAGCUGCUUUGUGAGAACUUAAAUCGUUGGCAUUGCAUUUUUUUUUUUCCUGAUUUGGCAUUUUAGCCUCUGUACAGCUGUAAACUGUUUUUUUAUUCUAGCGUGUAUUUCAUUUGUAGAUAUACAAAGACACAGAAAUUUGUAAUGCGGCAUUUUUAUAAAGGGAUUAUUUCCUACCAGGGACUCUGACGUCUUCCUGAGCUUCUCAGACUGUAAGCAGGGCUGAAUUUAGUGCGGUGCUUAUAUGGAAAUACACAACGAAGGGUUCAACAAAUAUAAUGAAGGCUUCGUGGUUGCUGCGGUGGAUUACUUAGCUUUAUGGAAGUUGGUCUUCGUACUCCACGAAAGCGAAUGGCAGCAAAUGAAGUGAGCACUCCAACUGUUCAGACACGGGUAGGAGGGUGGACAGCCUGUUAGAAAUACACAAAUACAAGUGCUGAUUUAAAUUUACCAUCGGGGCAGGGUUUUGGCUUUCAGUGGUGCAGCAGCUACCACGACUGGAUGUUUAACGCCAAAGCAGAAACAGAAAGUCUCACUGUAAUAAAGUCUUUAAAUAUUUCAUGUGUUUACUAUGACGAGUUAAGGCCUCCAAGAACGGAUCUAUUUUCAUGUGUCGGUUUGAUAAACAGGCGUCUCGGCCUCGUCGGUUGCCGUUUCCUCGUCUCACCUCAGCUCUGCUCAGACUCCAAACCUACCUGCUUGAUCAAAUGUUUAUUUUCUGACUCUGAUAACUGACAAAACAUGGCGGUGAGUGGUAAACCCAAAGCUAAGCUUAAAAAAAAAAGUGUUUUUACCUGUUUCUGCUGUUUUUACACAUUUACUUGAACACUACAGUUAAGCUGACAGUGACUUCAAAACAGACCUUGAUUUUAGAAUUCACUUUUUUUUUUAGUUUUCAGUGUUACAUCUUGAGUUGAUUCACAGAUACAUGCAAACACCUUUCAAAGAGCAACCCAACAUGUUUAACUGUCAUGGACUUUCAUUUGAAGAUUCAUGUUUUGGUAUUUUGAGCACAGCGUCACUAACAGCAGCGAAGGCUUCUCUUUGCAGACACACUUCAGUUACAAACGCACACACAGUUUGGCAGUUAAUUUGUGCAAAUGACAGACUGAUUAUUACAACUGAAUCAUCACCUCAAUGACUUGGUUGCCACUAAUAAUUGAUUUCUUAACAAAUCAUGUCCACACUGUGCCAUGUUUGAUUUGUCAUGUGUUGAUUUGUAACGCUUAUCACAGGAUGUACGACAUGUGCAGUAUGUUUCCUUUCAAAAGCUUUUCACUUCUGACAUUUCUCCCCUGUGAUCUAUGCAAACCAUGCUCUGGUGUCCCUGGUUUGAAGCUGAAAUGAAAGAUGAUGCCGAUUGAUUUCAAUGUGUAAAUACUGUAAAAAAAAAAAAAAAAAAGGAAAAAAAAGAGAGUGAGAGAGAGAGGGAGAGCGCAAUGGGUCAAAAUGCAGAGGUGUGUGAAAUAACCAACAGGACAGAAUGAAAAUCAUGCGAAAAUAAUGUAAUGAUGAAUGUUGUCAGAAAUAUUUUUCUAUAUUUUGAAAUCAUUAGAAAAAAAGGACAAAAAUACAAAGUGGGAAAAGCUGUCAGAAGAACACUACAAAGGGAAUGUUUUUAUUAAUUUAUAAAUUCUUUGCCUAGCAAUAUUA